CCCAAUUCCAAUUUGGUGCUUGCUCCAUCGCACAUUCCAUCCAUCGCAGAAACAAAUUCCGUCAUGGCUCCCAAAGUGAAAGGCAAAGCGACGGCAUCGCAGCAGCCUCCCCCUCCAAUUGAAGAUCUAUUCAGUAACCUCAAUCGACACAUCGAGCGAUCUGAGUUCGAGCAAGCCGUCAAAGUAGCCGAUCAAGUUCUGUCAGUAGCUCCAAACGAUGAAGACGCAAUUCGAUGCAAAGUAGUGGCUUUGAUAAAGUGUGAUAGCAUUGACAAAGCUCUUUCGACUAUCCACUCUGCUCGAAGGCAAAACCUUCCUUUUGAUUUCUCUUACUUCAAGGCAUACUGCUUAUACCGACAAAACAAGUUGGAUGAAGCAUUGGAGUCGUUGAAAGGUCUUGAGAGAACUUCGGAAACAAUGUUGCUAGAAUCUCAGAUUCUGUUUCGUCUAGGAAAAAUGGAUGCUUGUGUUGAUGUCUAUCAGAAGCUUCAAAAAUCGAAGAUUGAUACUUUAGAAAUAAAUCUUGUUGCUGGGUUGAUUUUGGCUGGGAAGUCUUCUCAAGUUCAGGGAAUGAUGGAGGCAAAUCGGAUUAAAGCUUCUAGCAGUUUUGAGUUGGCAUACAACACCGCUUGUUCUUUGAUUGAGAGGAAUAAAUACACUGAUGCAGAACAGCUUUUGCUGACAGCCCGAAGAGUUGGUCAAGAAGCACUGAUGGAUGACAAUUUGGCUGAGGAUGAUAUAGAGAUUGAAUUGGCUCCUAUAGCUGUGCAGUUGGCAUAUGUUCAACAACUCUUAGGACGUUCACCAGAGGCCAUGGAAGCUUACACAGAAAUCAUUAAUCGAAAUUUGGCAGAUGAGUCAUCCUUUGCAGUUGCUGUGAACAAUCUUAUUGCUCUGAAAGGUUCAAAAGAUGUUUCUGAUAACCUGAGAAAACUUGAUCGGCUAAAAGAACAAGAUGCACAGGCUUUUCAGCUUGCUCGUGGACUUGACAAACUUUCUCCAAAACAAAAGGAAGCAAUAUAUGCAAACCGAGUGCUUUUGCUUCUCCACACGAAUAAGAUGGAUCAGGCACGAGAACUUGUCACUGCUCUGCCAGACAUGUUUGCUGACAGUGUGCUGCCAGUGUUGCUUCAAGCUGCGGUCUUUGUCAGAGAGAACAAGGCUGCUAAAGCUGAAGAAAUACUUGGCCAGUUUGCUGAGAAGUUCCCUGACAAGUCUAGGGUCAUUCUUCUUGCAAGGGCGCAAGUUGCUGCUGCUGCUGGCCAUCCCCAAAUUGCAGCCGACUCCCUGUCUAAGAUACUUGAUAUUCAGCACAUGCCUGCUACUGUUGCUACUCUAGUUGCUCUUAAAGAGCGUGCUGGAGAUGUUGAUGGUGCAUCCACUGUGCUUGACUCUGCAAUCAAAUGGUGGUCAAAUGCCAUGACUGAGGACGACAAGCUGAAUGUUAUAAUGCAAGAGGCUGCUUCAUUCAAGGUCAGGCAUGGCAAGGAGGAAGAUGCUGCCCGCCUAUAUGAGGAGCUUGUCAGAAGCCGGGGGAGCAUAGAGGCUUUGGUUGGGCUGGUGAAUACAGUUGCCCGGGUGGAUGUUGACAAGGCAGAAGCCUAUGAGAAGAAGCUGAAACCAUUGCCAGGUCUGAAGGGGAUUGAUGUGGAUAGUUUGGAGAAGACUUCUGGAGCUAAGCACGUUGAAGGUGCGUCUGUUGUUGUUACAGGAGCACAUGAGGAGGGUAAGAAGGAGAAGCCAAAGAAAAAGAGAAAGAGAAAGCCAAGGUAUCCGAAAGGGUUUGAUCCUGCUAAUCCAGGCCCUCCUCCAGAUCCAGAAAGGUGGCUCCCCAAGAGAGAGAGAUCGAGUUACAGGCCCAAGAGAAAGGAUAAGAGGGCAGCUCAGGUGAGAGGUUCUCAGGGAGCUGUAGUGAGAGAAAAACAUGAAGCUGGUGCUACCUCUACUAGUUCCAACACAUCAAAUUCAAAAUCAAGCCAAGCUACCACUUCCAAAGUAGCUGCAGAACACUCCAAGCCAUCAUCAAAGUCAUCAAGAAAGAAGUCAAGGAAUUAACUGGGAAAGAACCACUUGAUCCUCCUCCCAUAGCCCACCAGGGUGGCCAGAGAAAGCAGGAAGGAACUGUAGCAUUUUGGUUAGGAGAGUUUCGUAUGGUUUCUCAUCAUUGUUUUAGCCAUAAGAUUUUGGUUAUUUAUAUUUGGCCUUUGUUCUUUGCAGGAUUCAAUUUGAAGUAGUUGAAACAUUGAGGAAUUUUGUUAUACUCUGGAUUCAAUCUGAAAUUUAGAAAGUUCAGAAA